CCGCGCCGCUCCGUACCUCUGAGCCGCGUAUGAAGAGCUAGCCAGCAGCUACUGUUGACAAAAUUCACAGCAGGGUUUUGGAGGGGAGUCCAGAACAGCGGCAGCAGAGCACUGGCCCAGUCUAACGUUGAAGCAUGAGUUCAAAGGGGGGCGGUACGGCCCUGUCCCGAAGAAACUACCGCCUGGCCUCCGACACAGACAAGCCUAAAGUUACUGGUAUUGUCAAUGAGAAGCUGUUGAGUGACUACCUGCACCAUGUGUUUCCUGCCUCCAGUAAGCAUGGGCCAGCAUCAGCAACUUACAGAAAAGUCUUAAACUUCCAAGACCUCGGAGCCCACCUGGAGAGGCUGCUGUCUGAAGAUGAGCCUGCUGAGGACGUCUCAGAUCAAGUGGAUGGACGACUCGGACCCUCUCCUGUUGUUUUAGACCACACCAGUGGAUUUGAAGGCCUGUUGUUUGUAGAUGAUGAUCUCUUGGGGGUCAUUGGCCAUAGCAAUUUCAGCUCAAUAAGGGCUACAACCUGUGUAUACAAAGGGAAAUGGGUGUAUGAGGUCCUCAUCUCCUCCCAGGGGUUGAUGCAGAUAGGGUGGUGCACACUGAACUGCAGAUUCAACCAGGAGGAAGGAGUUGGGGACACUCCGGAUUCGUACGCUUACGAUGGGAACAGAGUUCGAAAAUGGAAUGUGACCACCACCAAUUAUGGCAAGUCUUGGGCUGCAGGGGACAUUGUUAGCUGUAUGAUAGACCUUGAUGAAGGGACAAUUACUUUUUGCUUGAAUGGACAGUCUCUUGGUACGGCUUUCAGUAAUAUCAAGAUGGGUCCGGGUGUAGCGUAUUUCCCUGCUAUCAGUCUCUCGUUUAAAGAGUCUGUGGCCUUCAACUUCGGCAGCCGCCCUCUCAGGUACCCUGUGGAAGGUUACCUUCCUCUUCAGGACCCCCCAACUGCUGACCUCAACAAAGCCAACAGGCUUCUGGGCUAUAUAAAGACUGUGCUGUCCACUAGUAUAGACACUCAGGAGGAGAAACUCGUUGAAAGAGACAUUUCCUCUUGGCAACUCCAAGGAGAGCCCACCGUCCUCGUCACUCUAGCACAUGUCUUCAAUUACUUCGCUCCUCUUAUGUGUAAAGUGUAUCUGGUAGAAGACGUGCUGAUGAACUUCCUGCUGGGCAUUUUGGAGGGGGGAGGUUCUGUGGAUGAACAUCCUCUAAUCCAGCAGCUGCUAGACCUCUUCUGGCUGCUCAUGGAGGACUUCGAGGUGAACGAGUGCCUGAAGCAGCUGAUGAUGUCCUUACUGAGGGCUUACCGCUUCUCUCCCAUCAUCCCUGACCUGGGAUUCCAGAUUCAUUACCUGCGCUUAACCACUGCCAUCCUACGCCAUGAGAAGUCUCGAAAAUACCUCCUGAGCAACGUGUUGUUUGACGUCCUGCGCUCUGUAGUGUUCUUCUACAUUAAGACACCUCUGAGGGUGAAGGAGGCCGGUCUGGAGGAGCUCAUCCCCACCACGUGGUGGCCAACACGCUUCGACAAAGAGGGUAAGGAUGAGAAGGACCUGAGGCAUGAGACUGCUGAGGAGAGGCUGAGGCGCCGGGCGUAUGAACGGGGAUGUCAGAGACUCAAGAAGAGGAUUGAAGUGGUGGAGGAGCUGCAGGUUCAGAUCCUGAGGCUGAUGCUAAACAACAAGGACAAAGGGACGGGAGAAGCCUCUCGCUACAUAUUCCUCAACAAGUUCCGCAAGUUCCUCCAGGAGAACGCGAGCAACCGAGGGAACCCCACAGUGUUGUGUCCUCCUGAGUACAUGGUGUGCUUCAUGCAUCGCCUCAUUACAGCUGUGAGGAGCUACUGGGAUGAUGGCAAACGCAAGAGUGCAGGUGCAAUCAGCAGCGAAGAGGCCUAUGUGCCCCCUCAGGUUUUCUACAAUGGGAAGGUGGAUUACUUUGACCUGCAGCGUCUGGGAGGGCUGCUCUCACAUUUAAAGAAAACACUGAAAGAUGAUCUGGCCUCCAAAGCGAACAUCAUCAUCGACCCUGCGGAGAUCCAGGCCGCCUCUAUGGAUGAUCUGGACGAGGAUGAGGAGAGUGGAGCGGCCCAGAGGCCGUCUGGAGCAGCAGCGAUGGGCGGUGCCUUGGCUCGGCCAAGCUGGCUGAGUUCUCCCACGCUGGGCAGAGCCAAUCGUUUCCUCAGCACGGCCGCCGUCAGCCUCAUGACCCCACGACGACCCCUGGCCCCGCCCGAGAAAGUCAAAGUGCGCACUCUACCUGUGGAACAGAGGACCGAGGAGGACAUCGAGGGAAGCCAUGGUAACGAUGGGCUGUUGCUGGGGCGACCAUUGGAAGAGCCCGACCAGCCAAUCACGGAGAAGUCCCUGCUGGAGAUCCUGGACGGGAUUGUGAUGAUGUACAACCUGAGCGUUCAUCAACAGCUGGGCAAGAUGGUGGUUGUGUCAGAUGAUGUGCACGAGUAUGCCGUGGCCCUGAAAGACACUGAAGAGAAGAUAGCCCGGUGUCCGGGAAGAAGACCAGAUAUUUUAGAGGAACUCCAGAAGAGCCAGAAAGUGUUCGCUGAGAAGCUGAACCACCUGAGCCGCAGGCUGGCCUGGAUCAAUGCCACCAUUUACUCCAAGGAGAAGAUGUUGGACGUGUACUGGCUGCUGCGUGUUUGUAUUCGCACCAUCGAGCACGCCGAUAACACGGGCUCCCUGUUCGCCUUCAACCCCGAGUUCUACCUCAACGUGGCCAUGAACAGCUACAGCGCCCUGAAGAACUACUUCAGCCCCUCCAACAGCAUGGAGGAGCUCCCAGGCUAUGAGGAAACACUCACUCAGCUUGCUGCUAUUCUCGCUAAGCACUUUGCAGACCCGCGCAUCGUAGGCACAGACAUCAAAGACUCGCUAAUGCAGGCCCUGGCCAGCUACGUGUGUUACCCACAAUCCCUCAGAGCAGUGGAGAGGAUCCCAGAGGAUCAGCGUGUGGCCAUGAUGAGGAACCUGCUAGCUCCUUAUGAACAGAGGCCAUGGGCUCAGACCAACUGGAUCCUGGUCCGUCUGUGGAGGGGCUGUGGCUUCGGCUACAGAUACACACGCCUGCCCCACCUGCUGAAAACCAAACCUGAAGACGCCAACCUGCCCAGCCUGCAGAAGCCUUGCCCUUCCCUCCUGCUCCAGAGGCACAUGGCGGAGCUCCUGAGUCAGGACAAAGACAUGGCCGCCAGCUUCCUCAACAGCGUCCUCAACCAGCUCAACUGGGCCUUCUCAGAGUUUAUUGGCAUGAUCCAGGAGAUCCAGCAGGCGGCGGAGCGUCCGGAGCGUAACUUCGUGGACACCAGGCAGCUGAAGGUGUGCGCCACCUGCUUCGACCUGUCGGUCAGCUUGCUGCGGGUGCUGGAGAUGACCGUCACUCUGGUGCCGGAGAUUUUCCUGGACUGGACCCGCCCCUCGGCCGAGCUGCUGCUGCGGAGGCUGGCUCAGCUGCUGAACCAGGUGCUGAACCGAGUGACGGCUGAGAGAAACCUCUUCGACCGGGUGGUCAACCUUCGUCUCCCAGGGCUGGAGAGCGUGGAUCAUUACCCCAUAUUGGUAGCAGUUACGGGAAUUCUGGUGCGAAUCCUGGUCGACUCGGAGAGACAAGGGAUUGCUCGAGCUGCAUCGGUGUUGCUGUCGGAUCCCUGCUUCCAGCUUCAUUCUAUCCAGCAUCUGCUCGGGGAGGGAGAGGCCAGUGCGGCCGGAGCCGACCACAAACACUUCUCCUUACACGCCUAUACCGACUACAUCAGUGCAGAGGAGGAGCAGAAGGUGGAACAGAUGCUUGGCUUCUUAACUGAGGAAUCCAAGCAGGCUGCAGCCACAACAGCGCCGACCUGUGAAGAUGACCUGUGUCCCAUCUGCUAUGCACACUCCAUAUCAGCCAUCUUCAAGCCCUGCUCCCACAAGUCCUGCAAAGCCUGCAUCAAUCAACAUUUGAUGAAUAACAAGGACUGCUUCUUCUGCAAGGCCACUAUCACUGGAGUGGAAGAUUACAGCAAGCCUGCUGGCUCUUAGCAUGCCCUUCAUCAGAUGCACAAAUACACUACACACACACACACACUUAAACUACACACACACACACUUAAAUACACACACACACACAGAGCCUUUCUGAACUGUAUAACAGCACGUCAUCCACAUAUCCAAAGACUUCACCUACUGUGCGCGCACUCCUAUCUCUUUUACACGUACACACACACACAUAAACACACACACACACACACACUCAUACACACACACUCAUGCUGGUCCUCAACACCCAUCAAUCAUACCAUUUGUACUGUGCACUGUAAACCCUAAUAAGUUAAAUCUACUCUAAUUAUUUAAAGUAAUUUGUUGCCUCAAAUUAAUUAAGUAUUCAAAAUUAUAAUUUUUUUGUAAUUUAUAAAACUGUAUAAAGCUGAACAAACAUUUUUAAGUUCCUACCAUAAAUACUUCACACUCAAAAUGUGGUGUACCUAAAACUUACCUAAACCUUUUAAAAUAUGAUAAAAAAAAAAUAGAUAUGACCCUAAACUUUCUUGAAUAGCUCACCUCCGCUCUCCUGCAGCUUUUCCGAGAUCCAGUCAUUUUUUUUUUUACAGUUUGUCCAAACAUGCUUUAGAAUGGAUGAUAUGGGGCGUAAAUAAUAAAUAAUAAAUAAUAAAUUGCUUUUUGCAUCGAUUUCCAGACUCACAGUAGCUCCACACCUUCUUAUCGGUAGAAUCUGGAGAGCCCUGACAUUUAAAACGAGGCAUUAAUAACUUUAAAAGUGCAGAAAAAGCUUAUUUAAAAACACUGUUUACAACCCGUAUCGUAACCUACUCUCCAAAAUAUGCCCCAUAUUAUCUAUUCUAAAGCAUGUUUGGACAAAAUGUAAAAAAUUACUGGAGCUUAGAAAGCUGUGGGAGAGCGGAGGUGGGCCAUUCAACAAAGGUUAGAACUCUUUAUCAUGUUUUACUACACCCAAAUUCAAUUUUACACCAGAGUUCCCCUUUAAAUUAACUAUCGCACAACCGCUCUAUCUUACUUUACCUUUAAGUUUAUUGCAGGGAUUAAAUUACGCUGUUUUCAGCAUCAAAGUUCAUUUGAAAUAUCAAAUAUACUACUUUUAUUUGAGUUUAACAGCUGAUAAGACUCAGUUUAAUCUAAUUAAUAUAUAAGCCAGAUAAUGCUAAUGAUUUUCUCCUUUUAAAAACACUGUGUUUAAAUGCACAGCAGAAUAUUUUCAGCGUUCUAUUAAAGCAGCUUCACACUGCACAGAUAUACUCGCUAAAAACACAGAACAUUCUCACUAUAUUUACUCUAAAUUACCAAUCAGAGGAGACGAUGGGCUCGCGUUUAUUGGUUCAUAGGUUUAUUGGUGCACAUUUUGGUGCGUUUUUGUAUAUUUAUGCCUGUGUGAAACCAAACCAAACAAAAGUAGAAAUGCUCCAAAUAAGCAAAUAAUCUCAUCAACUGAUCUGGAUCAUACGAACUUUCACAACUACUGGUGUGAAAAAGUACUUAACCUUAAAAUAGUUUGAUAAUGUUUUAGAAACAUCCAGUUUUAUGUUAAAGGAGAACUCUGGUGUGAAAUUAACUUUUGGUGUAGUAUUAAAACAUGAUAAAGAGUACUAACUUUUGUUUAAUAGCCCACCUCUGCUUUCCAGCAGCUUUCCGAGAUCCAGUAAUAUUGUUUUUUUUUGCCCAGCACUUUUAACAACGGGCGCUUUGGGGCAUAUUUUGCCCCUGCAGAUAAAUCACUUUUUACACCGUUAUCCAGCUCAAAGUAGCUCCACACCUCCUUGCUAGAAUCUGGAGAGCUCUGACAUUUAAAACGAGGCAUUAAUAACUUUAAAAGUGCACAAGAAGCUUCUUAAAAACUGCUUUUUACAACCUGUAGCAUAAUAUACAGAAUCUAAUCUUCGUUUGGAGUUGAAGCUAACGCUAAGGGAUGUAAACAGUGUUUUUUAAUAAGCUUUUUGUGCACUUUUAAAGUUAUUAAUGCCUCGUUUUGCCCAGCACUUUUUACAACGGGCACUUUGGGGCAUAUUUUUCCCCUGCAGAUAAAUCACUUUUUACACCGUUAUCCAGCUCAAAGUAGCUCCACACCUCAUUGCUAGAAUCAAGAGAGCUCUGACACUUAAAACGAGGCAUUACUAACUUUAAAAGUGCACAAGAAGCUUCUUAAAAACUGCUUUUUACAUCCUGUAGCUUAAUCUAUGUAAUCUAAUCUUCGUUUGGAGUUGAAGCUAACGCUAAGGGUUGUAAACAGUGUUUUUUUUAAUAAGCUUCUUGUGCACUUUUGAAGUUAUUAAUGCCUGGUUUUAAGUGUCAGGGCUCUCCAGAUUCCACCUAAUAAAGUGUGGAGCUACUUUGAUCCUGGAUAACUGUGUAAAAAGUGAUUUAUUAAGGCAAAAAGCACAAAAUUGCUGGGUUUUGAAAGCUGCUCAACAAAGGUAGUACUCUUGAUCAUGUUCUACUGCACUAAAAAUAUGUUUUACACCAAAGUUUAAACUUUAAACAGACUUAAUUGAGUUUUAAUUGAGUUCAAAUAACUUAUGGGUUUACAGUGUUGGUUGGCAUCACGUCAAACCCAAUUCAAACCCAGUGUGCAAAAGUAUUGGGACCCUUUGACACCACUUUUUACACUCGGUGCAUCAACAUAUCAUUCGUUUACAAUGACAGACCUGGGAGAUCUUUCAAAGCCUUUCUAGGUUGUUGGCUGAUGGUUGAGUGAGUGUGGCAGGAAGUGCGACAGGAAGUGCGACAGGAAGACCAGCAGGGCAUCAGCUAGCUUCUGCCAGAAGGUGGCAAAAGGUCUGGUUCUGGUCCACCAUCAGGAAGAGCAUGAAGAGGAAGAGGAUGAAGGAAAAAGGAGGCCAGCCAGCUCAGCCAGAUGGACUUUAAUCUUCUUCUUCGACUUAUUUUUUCUUUCUUUUUUGUUCUUCUUCUGCAUCUUCUUCUUCUUCUUCUUCUCUGGACACUGACCACCACCAUUGGCUCCAAUCAAACCAUCAGACUGUACUACCACCGUGCCACACCUGCACCCACGGGCCAUAGGUACUAAUCAGGAACUAAGCAGGUGCCCAAAGCUCUGGCCGGUAUAUGUGUGUGUUCAAAUCCCCAUUUCAUCACUUCUAACACUCACGACCUAUUGUUAUCUAUCUGUACUUGAUGAUAACAAUUUUUUUUAUAUUAUUCUGAAAAACUGACAGCCAUAUUUGACGUGGCAAUAUCUAGCGUAGGGUAACUGCAGUGGAGGUUAGUUAGGAAUAGAUCAUGCAUAAAAAAAUAAAUAAAUAAAAAUAAUAAUACGAUUUUAGAUGGUGAUACUAUAAUGAACGAUGAUCAAACUAUAAAAAAAAAUAAAAUAAAAAAAUUAACAAAAAAAAAAACACCUUGCUUUGAAGUGCAGCUACCUUCAGCUGUUUUUGUGGGAUGCUCGUUCACAUCGUCAUUAACACGUCAUUUUAACAGCUUUAUUAAUGCGUUAUAAAGCAUCGAGCGUCAUACAGUGCAGAGAGCUUAAUCUGACGUCUUAAUCUGAUUUAAUCAAAGAUUUAAAGGAAUUCUCCAGUGUUUUCUGAUCUUGCACCAUCUUGCACCUUCUUGCAAUAUAAAAAAAAUACAAUUUACAGUGAUCUCAUCUUUAAGUAGCCGUUUUCAUGAAUGUUUAUACACAGCAAACGUCAAUCAAUCAAAUAUAAAACGAUAAUCUCAGCCAAGAAUGCCAAAUAAAACAGGAUAUAAUAUAUGUCAAGUUUAAAAUUAUUUAUGCAUAAAUAAAAUAUAUUAAACACAAUGGAAAAAUGAAGGUUUUUACAAGUUUUAAGUUGAGGAGUUAAAUAUAAAUAUAAAAUCUGAUUUACUGCACUAAGACCUAAUCAUUGCAGUGGCCCCAUGGACAAGUGGAAUAGAUAAUAAUGAUAAAAUAUACAAAAGAAAAGAAAGAAAGGCUUGGAAAAGCCAACUUACUGUUUUUCUUCUUCUUCUUUUUAUUAUUAUUAUUAUCAUUAUUAUUAUUAUUAUUAUUUUCUUUUUUUUUCUUAUUUAUUUUUAUUAUAAUUAUUCUCUGUAUCUUCUGCUCCUUAAGUUUUGACCUACAACCAUGAGAAUUUCUCUCUAUUUCUCUAAACUUUCUUUACUUCUAUCUCUUUCUCUUUACUUAGCUCUCUUUCAAUUGAUUUUUUUCUCUCUACUUGUUUCUCUCUCUGUCUCUGUACAUUUGUCUUUAUCACUCUCUCUCUCUCACUCUCUCUCUCUCACUCUCUCUCUCUCUCUUUCACAAUUUUUUAAAAAUUAAAAAAUUAAGAUAGCACUGGAUUUCCUUUUUUACAGUUUUCUAGCUGUUUAUUAACAUUUUGCAACGUUAUUAGCAAGCCAAUUUUAAGUUUAUCACACUUUCCUUUUCUAGUUUUUUUUUUUUCGACAAAUGUUCCAGUUGAAUAAAAAAAUAUACUAUUAUAAUAGAGCUGAGAACCAAAACUGGUAUUAGGAGAUUAGGAGAAACUAGUGCAACACAGUUUUAGACACUAUAACAAUAAUAAUAAUAAUAAUAAUAAUAAUAAUAAUAAUAAUAAUAAUAAUAAUAAUAAUAAUAACUCUGCAAAAAGUCCUACACCUACAUUACGGCAUUGGUGAGGAGAAUUCUACCACAAAUUCCUUUUGGAUUAUACAGAAGAAGAAUACAGAUUAUACAGAUUUACACACAUUUCUAUACAGAAUAUACAGAUUUUCAACUUUAUUAACUUAUAGCUUAUUUGGCUUUAACAUGCAAAAAAAUAAAUAAAUCAUGUUUACUGACAGAAUUUAGAAUUUAGAAUUUCGCAACUGUUCAAAGAUGUCUGCUGUAAAUUAGUUUGAAGUCAGUGUUUUAUUUAUUUAUUUAUUUUUUCUUUUUAAUACAAGGAAAAAGAAACUUGCGUUGUAAUUUCAGUGAUAAAUGAGCGUACGCUGCUGAGGUGACAGAUGGAGAUGAGAUUUAAAAACACACUGAGGUUUUCCUUUAAUCAGAUCUGCACUGGGUGUCAGAGGAGCAAAGUUCAGGUUUCACUGCUUUACAUAUAUUAAUACCUGAAUUAUUAAUAAUCAGAUUGUUAUACAAAAGAAAAAGUAGUUUCAUUUGGACUGACAGCGAUUUUACACGUCAUCUUUACAAAUCCCGCACAGCUGCCUCAGUUAUACAGUGUUUUAUCUUAUCUUGUCUUUCUGAUGUUCCCCAGCUUUAAUGUGUUUAAUCCUCUGUGCUGUGUGAUCAUGUCUCGAUGCACCCUGUCUGUCUGUUUUCCAGCCUUUUAAUCAUGUUUAUCCAUCAAGCUUUAUGUAGGUAUCAGAUAUGAGGUUUUUCACCUGUUUGCCCCUUUGAGCAGGUGGGAGGAUGUUCUGGAGAUGUUCUAUUUCCAUCAUUGUAUAUUAGUGGAGUAUCUACACACAAUGUCAAAGAUAAAUGUUAUGAGGAACAAUAAUUCAAUAAUUCAUUCAAAAUUUAGAUCUGAUUAGAUGAUACAGAGAACACUCCUAUAUUACAGGGGUUGGACAAUGAAACUGAAACACCUGGUUUUAGACCACAAUAUUUUAUUGUCCUGACAGACAGUUCUGGUGGAAACAGGAGAGUUGAGGUGCACAUUGAAUUCUUCCAUGAUUUGGGCAGCCCCCGAACAUCCCUUUCAGACAGCUUCCUCUUGCAGCGUCCACAGUUAAUCCUGUUGGAUGUGGUCGGUCCUUCUUGGUGGUAUGCUGACAUUACCCUGGAUACCGUGGCUCUUGAUGCUGCAUCUCAAAGACUUGCUGUCUUGGUCACAGAUGCUCCAGCAAGACGUGCACCAACAAUUUGUCCUCUUUUGAACUCUGGUUUGUCUCCCAUAAUGUUGUGUGCAUUGCAAUAUUUAUAUUUAGAGCAGAACUGUGCUCUUACUCUGCUAAUUGAACCUUCACACUCUUACAGCUCUUACUGGUGCAAUAAUGUGCAAUUAAUGAUAAAGAUUGAACACCAGGCUGCUCCAAUUUAGCCAUGAAACCUAAAAUCCCACACUAAAAUGAUGACAGGUGUUUCAGUUUCAUUGUCCAACUCCUGUAGAAUCAACCCAAAUUCUGCAGGUUUGGAAAUAGACGUAAAAAAAACUAGACAAACAUAACAAUUUGCAUUAAGGAAAAUAAUGAUUUUAAAAUAAAGUGUAAGAAAAAGCCAAAAAAAAGAAUUAGAAUUUGGCUCCAGCACAUUUAAAACAGGAGUACAUGUCCUCCAGUAGUUCAGGCGCUACGCUACAGACUAUACAGACAUCCAGGCUGAGCUCCCGCCUGAGGAGAAGCUCUCAGAAGCUGAAGGAAAAGAGCUGUGAAAUUAAAACAAUGACCUCCCGCUCAAAGCUGCUGUCAGAGGGAGGAGAGGCUGACGCUAAUUGUAGAAUUGAUUCAUAAGGAGCGCUGAACUUUCCCAAUCGUACUCUACUUAAUCUGUCUUCAGGAGGAGCGGGAGCGGCGCGGGGCUAUUGUUGCUAGCAGUGAUGGAGCACCACUGUUAAUUAUUUACACCAAAGGUGAGAUUUGGACAAGGCUGUUCUGGAGCACGGGGUACGACGGGGUGCGUCAUCCCAUUUAGCAAACAUCUGAGAGAGCUGUGGGAUGGUUAGCAUGUUAGCAUAGGUUCUAUCCUUGAGGGCUAUCCAACGACUGACUCAAUUUAACACCACUGACAGAAUCUAGCCAGUCUGCAGUGUUCCAAAUAUAUUAUAUAUAUAUAUAUAUAUA